ACCUCACCCCAUCAACUUUCUUUAUCGCUCCGGGAAAAAACCCGAAAACCCUAACUUCCUCUUGAGUAAAUCCUCUUAUCUCUAUCUCUCUGUCCCUCGCUGAUUCGACCUUUUCGUUUUACUUUUUAUGGCUUUUCGCAUUUCUAGGUUUCCAAUGGUGUGAAAUCAGGACCUCAGGCUCAGAUUUAAAGGAUCUGUUUCUGUAUAUUUUGGGUCAUAUAUAUUUUCUAUAGAGAGGAAAAAAGAUAUGGCGGUAUCUGAAAAAGAGCUGGAGCUACAGUUAAUGGAGGCUGGAAACAGGCUCGUUGAACCUCCUCCAUCAGUUGAUGAGCUCAUUCCUCUCCUUGACCAAGUUGAAAGUUGUCUUUCAAGGGUGGAACAAUCACCAAGCCAAUCAAUGCAAAAUGCACUGUCUCCGUCACUUAAAGCAUUGGUUGCAGAGCACCUGUUCAGACAUCCUGAUGUUGAUGUCAAAGUUGCAGUUGCCGCUUGCAUCAGCGAGAUAACAAGGAUAACUGCACCUGAUGCUCCUUUCGAUGAUGACCAAAUGAGGGAGGUUUUUCAACUGAUUGUGUCAUCCUUUGAGAAUUUAUCUGACAAGUGCAGCCGCUCGUACAUUAAGAGGACCUCAAUUCUUGAAAUUGUUGCCAAAGUCAGAUCAUGUGUGGUGAUGUUGGAUCUUGAAUGUGAUGAUCUUAUUGUUGAGAUGUUCCAGCAUUUCCUUAAGGCAAUAAGGGAUUAUCACCCGCUGGCUGUCUUUACAUCAAUGGUGACUAUUAUGAGCCUUGUACUGGAAGAAAGUGAAGACAUCCCUAUGGAACUGCUUUCCUCAAUCUUAGCUAGUGUAAAGAUAGAUAACGAGGAAGUUCUUCCUGUUGCUCGGAGGUUGGCUGAGAAAGUGCUCAAGAACUGUGCAUCAAAGCUUCGACCGUAUCUUACCCAAGCUGUUGAGAACUUGGGAAUUUCUUAUGAUUAUUAUAGUAGUGUAGUUGCUUCUGUAUGUCAAGUGACAGCUCGUGUUGUGGACUCGAAUGAUGCCGCCUCUGGAAAACAUUUGGAUGACGAGAGCAUACUGGUGGAGGCACCCUUGGAGAAGGCAGCCCAGGAGGAUAAACAGAUUCCUGAACAGGCAGUUUCAACUGAAAAAGUGGAUCUUGCAAAUGAAAAAUCUCCCAAGGCAGUUGUUUGUAAUGGCAUUUUGCAAACUGCUGAAGAUGAUUCGUUGGCUGAUUUGAACUCUGUAAAGAAGGAAGAGGGUGACCAUAUUGCUGAUAAGUCCAAGAAUGAAACAUCACCUGUUGCUGAACCCUACAUAUCAAAAGCUGAGGAAGUAGUCAAUUCAGAUCCUAUGUUAGAGCAAAAUACCCAGGAAAAGGAGAGGAAAUCUGAUUCAAAAUUAACUGAACCUUCUGACAGCUCCCAUGUUGAUGAAAAGGCAGUUGAGACCUCAAAAGAUCAAAAAAAUGACAGCAAGGAUGACGCUGGUUCACAACAUCUGUCUGUUGGUGGGGCUGUAUCCUCUGAAAAUAGAAAGACCGAUGUUCAGCAUUCCUCUCAAAAAGCUACCAAGGAAGAAUUUAAUGAUGUUGCUUCCCCAACACCAAGUGGGACUGAUAGUCAUUCCACAAGGGCAGCGAGGCCAAAAAGGAAAGACGGCGCGAGCAAGGAAACCACAUCCUCUGUUGAUGAUGUUUCUAAAGCAACAAGUGAUUCUGAAGCAAAAACAAACAGACGUUCAGGGAAAGAGGUUGCUGCUGUAGUUUCCAGUGAGGAUAAUGCUCCAGUUGAUGUAGAUGAAACUAAGAAAGAAAGUGACACUGCAAGUGAUUCCGAGGCAAAAUCGCUGAAGAAGUCAUCAAAGAAGGUAGACUCUAGCGGUAACAAUGCGGCUGAUCAAACUAAGAAAGAGAGUGCACUGCAAGUGAUUCAGAGGCAAAUCACUGAAAAAUCAUCAAAGAAGGUAGAUUCUAGCGGAAACAAUGCAGAUGAAUCCACUUCGAGACAACUGUCUGAUAAGAAAAGGAGAGGCUGGGGAAAAGUUCCUGAGAAGGAUAGAACGAAAACCUUAAUCAAGAAAGACAACGAGGCUUCUGAUUCUAUGGAGUAUGGUGAGAAUCUCGUUGGCUUGAAGGUGAAGGUCUGGUGGCCCAAAGACCGUGAGUUCUAUGAAGGUUUUAUCUAUUCAUUUGAUCCCUCUAAACAGAAGCACAAGGUGCACUAUAAUGAUGGUGAUCAAGAAAUUUUAAAUCUUAAGAGAGAAAAGUGGGCGGUGAUUGAAGAUGAGUCUGGGUCCGAUGAGGAAGGAGCAGCUAAUCAUUCAAGUCCUGAUGGUUCAUCUGACAUGCCUCAAAAGAAGAGAGAAAAAACAUCUGAUCUCUCUAGCAAGAAAGCUAAGAUGGGUGCUACGCUAAGAAGGGGUGGAGGAACUCGGACCGGGAAAUCCAAGGGUGCGGCCACAAAGUCUGGUCGCAAAACAAAGGAUGAUGUUAAAAUGGAUGUCAAAUCCAAAGGUGGCUCUAAGAGUGUCGGUAAAUCAGACAAGGACAGUGUUGCUAAAUCCAAGGAUCAUACCCCUAAAACUGGUGGUAAAUCAGUUGACAUCGCUUCAAAAGUAAGUAACAAGUCCAAGAAUGAUGACUGUUGUGAUACACCAAAAUCCAAGGAUGAUGGAAGUGCAACACCGAAAGCUUCCACAAAGUUACAAGACUCUUCGAAGACAGCCAAGUCCAAGCAGGAAACCCCAAAAGGUUCCCCCCUUUCUAAGGGCAAGCCUCUUAAAAGUGGUGGCAAAUCCAAUGCUCAUGGCACUGGUAAGUCAAAAUCCGAUUCAUCAAAGGUGAAAGACAGUGAAGUCACAAAAGAGAACUCAACUGAUUCAGAAAAGGUUGUGGGAAGCGCGAAGCGGAAAGCAUCUAGUUUGUCGAAGACACUGGGAAGUGAUUCAAGGUCUGGAAAAAAGCAGCGAAGAUGAGCUAAAAUAGGAUUAAAACUGCAUUGUCAUUGCCAAGGGUUGGUUCUUGUCCAAAGUGGAACUUGGCUGAACCCCUGUAUUAUUGCUGGCAGUCUUAGAUAUACGGGUGCCGGGCCAUGCAAUUGGUAUAUCACGGAGUUAGGUUUGUGGGUAGCAAAUAUUCAUAGGUAGUGUUUGUAGGGUUUGUGUUUUCUCUUAUUGAUGCACGCUUUAGGAUUACAUUGGAUUAGCUUUUUUGUCUUGUACCAAAGAGUUGCUUCUAUAGAUUAACGUAAUAGAUUCAAGAAA